GCUCCAGGAGCGUGGCGCCGGCUGAGGUGAGCGAGGCGGUGUCCGCGCGUCCACCGAGGAGCCGGCGGCGCUGUGUAAUGUUCAAGCUCAGAGAUGCCUUAUGUGGAUCGACAGAAUCGCAUUUGUGGUUUUCUAGACAUUGAAGAAAAUGAAAACAGUGGGAAAUUUCUUCGAAGGUACUUCAUACUGGAUACCAGAGAAGAUAGUUUUGUAUGGUACAUGGAUAAUCCACAGAACCUACCUUCUGGAUCAUCACGUGUUGGAGCCAUUAAACUCACCUACAUUUCAAAGGUUAGCGAUGCAACUAAGCUAAGGCCAAAGGCAGAGUUCUGUUUUGUUAUGAAUGCAGGGAUGAGGAAAUACUUCCUACAAGCCAAUGAUCAGCAGGACCUAGUGGAAUGGGUAAAUGUGUUGAACAAAGCUAUAAAAAUUACAGUACCAAAGCAAUCUGACUCACAGCCUCAUUCUGAUAACCUAAGUCGCCAGGGUGAAUAUCCAUGUGCAAAGAAGCAAGUGUCUUACAGAACUGACAUUGUUGGUGGUGUCCCCAUCAUUACACCAACUCAGAAAGAAGAAGUCAACGAGUGUGGUGAAAGUAUUGAUAGAAAUAAUCUGAAACGAUCACAAAGCCAUCUUCCUUAUUUUACUCCUAAGCCACCUCCAGAUAGCGCAGUUAUCAAAGCUGGAUAUUGUGUCAAGCAGGGAGCAGUGAUGAAAAACUGGAAGAGAAGGUAUUUCCAACUGGAUGAAAACACAAUAGGCUACUUCAAAUCUGAGCUGGAAAAGGAACCUCUCCGUGUAAUACCACUUAAAGAGGUUCAUAAAGUUCAGGAGUGUAAGCAAAGUGACAUAAUGAUGAGGGACAAUCUCUUUGAAAUUGUAACAACGUCUCGAACUUUCUAUGUGCAGGCUGAUAGCCCCGAGGAGAUGCACGGUUGGAUUAAAGCCAUCUCUGGUGCCAUUGUCGCACAGCGGGGACCCGGCCGGUCAGCGUCUUCUAUGCGGCAGGCCAGAAGGCUGUCGAAUCCUUGUAUACAGAGGAGCAUUCCACCUGCCCUGCAGAGUCCGAACAUGCUCUCCGGCCCGCCAGUGGCUCAGCAGCCCCCUCACAUUCCACAGCCACUCGCAGCAGCUCUCUGGUCUCAAGCUUUGCCAUGGAGAAGCGAGGAUUUUACGAAUCUCUUGCCAAGGUCAAGCCAGGGAGCUUCAAGAUCCAGACUGUCUCUCCAAGAGAACCAGCUUCCAAAGUGACUGAGCAAGCUCUGCUGAAACCUCAAAGUAAAAAUGGCCCUCAGGAAAAAGAUGGCGGCCCAGUGGACUUGGAUGACGCGAGCCUUCCAGUUAGUGAUGUGUGAAGGAUGGAAGCAUGUGGAGCCUGACCGCCUUCUCAGUCCCUUUGUUUCCUUUCAUGAGGCUUCUUGCCAAAGAUGAUAAAGGGUGAAAUGAUUGUUAAUGCAUAUAUUGUACUGUCUCUUAGAUGCACUCUUUAUAAGCUGGUAAACCAAGAAUCUAGGGAGUGGCCAAACUAAUGUAAUUUCUUUUAAGAAAAGGAGAAAAAACGAAGUGACUCAGUACCAGCUGUCUGAAGCUUUGUAUGUUCUCAUCUGGGUGAUAAAAAUGUGUGUGUGUGAUAUUUUUUGCUAGUGAAUUUGACGGUUUCGACAUUUAACAACUUAAAACAUUAAAAAAGCUUAUUAAUUAUUUUGGUCGUUUUAAAAAUGCUACUGUGACAUCCUUUUAAAUGUUCAAUAUUUACACGUUCUUAUUGAUUAAUAGUAUUGAGUGGAAUAUUGCCAGACUGAGAUUUCCAAACUCAUGAUGUCUGUGGUGCUGUAAAAUUUAUACUACAAUGUAGACUAUUUUGAAAAUUAUAACCAUUUUUGAUACCCUGGAUUUCAAAGUGAGUGGUAAGUUUUGCAUAGAGGGUGUUAUUGGACCAUUGGUGAGGGCUGUGUUGUAUUGAGGUAGAAAAAAGGGGAAAGCUAGAAUUUAAACAAGUAUGUCUUAGACAUGUAUUUGAAAACAAUCAGGAUUGCAGCAGUCAGUGGUUUAUUCAGUGGAAACUGUCACUUGGUAUGAAAUUGUUGGGAGAUCUGAUUUUCUUACCAGUUUUGUAACUAGCGCUUGUUUCUGUAUUUGAAUCAGUGAAAGACCUGGAGUUCAUACCUAAAGACGUAAUUGACAACUGCCCUUAGUCAUGCAGUUCUGGGCUCUGAGUUUUGUCACUAAUAACCUGUAUUCAAGCGCCUGUGUUUUCUCUUCUUGUUUAGGGAUGUUUUGAGAUUGCUGUGCUCAUAACUCCUACUUGAUUGGUUUUGGACAUUGGGAUAAACUUAAUUUUUAGUAACAUGGUUUAAUGUGUUAAAUAAGAUAGCAUUUUAUGUUAGUAAUACCAGAUGCGGGCAUUCUUCUGUCUGUGCAAUAUGUAUGUUUUAAAAAACAAAUUUGAGUACACAUUUAAUGGUGGGGAUAUCAUGAAUACAGGCACCGCUCUAAAGAACCUUUGGUUGCAGGUGUUGAGUAAUAGAGCAGUUUGAGCAAGGACCAUUUUUGCGGCUCAGUCUUAAAUAUUUACUUUAAGAAGACAGUCUUGAAUUUCACAUGCUGCUGUUUUUAUGAUAUUUUGCCAUUUUAUAGUACUGUUUUGUUUUGGAUUCAUGCAUAUCACCAUUUCUCCUUUGUACUUUCUAAGUUGACUUCUUGUCGGGGAGAGAGAAAAAUUUCCUACUACAGUGGUGGGGUCCAGAGGUUUAAUAUCUACCAUACUAGAAUUACAUAACAUCUGUUCAGAAAUCCAAAUGCAUGAAGUGUGCACUGCACAACUUUUUUAUUCAUAAGCUAAUAUCUUUUAAAGUUAUAUUUUGAUUUUUCCUCUUUUGCAGCUAUACCUGAAAUAAAUAAAAAUCUAAAGAUUCUAAAUAGUUACCACUUUUGCCGAUACAUCUGUAAUAAUGGCUGUUUUGAAAGACCUCUUUUCAGGAACACAUCUAAGCAAUCUUGUGUAGACACUUUGCAAUAUUCAAGAGUCAAAUGCUGUUUUCUUUGGUACAGCUUUCCCAUUGCAUGUUCAUUUUAGCAUAUUUCGGUAUUGGUAAUUUGAUAUGUUUCAUGGCAGCAGAAUAUUAGCUCUAUUUUGGGACUUUUUAUAGAACUACCCUUAUAUUCAGUAGCCUAGGAAAAUGUGCUUGUGAUUGUCAGGGUCUCCUCAUAUUUAUCUCAAUACUUUUGUAAUUCUUUGAAAAUUAUUUAAUUAUUUUGAAACUUAUACUUCCUUGUAAAUAUGUCACAUCUGAAUUGUCCAGAAAAUUACUUUGAAUACCUUAAUAUUUGCUGCAUUUUUUUUUCUGUACAUAUCUUCUUUCAGAAUGGGAAUCGUAAAUAUCCUCCCAAUGUUUACUUUUACGUCUGUGACCUUUAUAUGUCAAACUGGUUGAACACUGUAAUGACUUGAGAAUAAAACGGUCAGAAUUCAUCUAACGUAUUUCACAUUUGGUUUGGAACAAGUCAAUAGAACUAGUGCAGAAUGUGUUUGGUUAAUUGACUUGAAUUUACAGCUACAAGGAGAGACCAGUUAUUUGGUAAUCUUAGAAUAAGAAACUUCAGAUGUGUGAAUUCUUGAGGCAUAGCAUUAUGUAAAAGUAUACAAGGAAACAUGGUUUAAAAAAAAAACUUGCUUAUUUUGCAUAAUUAAAAAAAAUGUGUUCUCAAAAGCAAAAGGAAAUAUAUUUACUUCAGUGCGCAGUUUGAAUCACCUGGGCUGCUUGCGGUGCUUGCUUAUUGUUAGAUUGGUGGCGUGGUGGGAGCCAGGCUGGAUGGAGAAGGCAUUUUGGUCCAGGUGGACCCUUGAGAUACACACAUACAAACUCCCCUUCAAGUGUUAGAGGCUUCUAACCUGCAAACCUGUUCCUAGUAAAACGUUCUGUUCUGCUGAACGCUGUA